CACUCGCCUAGGGCUUCAUCAAUCAGUCUCAGUACCCUGGACUCUCUUAAACAAUAUAAAAUUUCUCAUUUUCUCCCUCGUGCCCAAUUCUCACCACCACCACCACCUCCUCCUACUCCUUCAGUUACGUCGCCGUUUCAGUUCCGAACAAUCGGAGUUGUUAUAUUCAACAUAACAACUGCAGAAUGGUGAAAUCUUCCAAGACUCACCUGGAAGAAGACGAAGAGACCGACGACUACGACGAGCUCCUUCACAGAAACACUUCCUCCUCUGCCUACAAAGGUGAAGAAAUGAAGGUGGAGGGGAAGGGCAGUGAACAGAAGACCAACGCGUAUCGGUCGAAGCAUUCGGAGACCGAGCAGCGAAGGAGAAGCAAAAUUAAUGAGAGAUUUCAGAUAUUGAGAGAUCUUAUACCUCAAAAUGAUCAGAAAAGAGAUAAGGCUUCAUUUCUUUUAGAGGUUAUAGAGUACAUUCAGUUUUUACGAGACAAGUUAAAUAUGUAUGAGGGAUCAUAUCAAGGGUGGAGUCAAGAGCCAACCAAACUGAUGCCAUGGAGAAACCAGAAUGGCCCUGCAGAAAGUUAUAUGGAACAUUCUCAAGUUUUAAAGAAUGGUUCUAGUCAUGAGAACAAUGAUGUUACUCCUGCCAUGCUCACAAAUGCACAGAACUCAAUUGAAUCUGAUAUGGGCACAGCUGCAGUAUACAAAACUAGUGAUCUUGCUCCUGGGUCAGCGUCUCCAAUGGUUCCCCUUAAUGUACAUGCCCAGCCGAACAUGUAUGCUCCUGUGGGGAGGGGCAGCAUGCCUACCCAAUCAUUACAGGAAUCAAUUUCUGAUGCUGAGAACAUGAGUUACCAGCACCAAUCAGAAUUCUGGCCAGGCAGAGCAUGUGCAACUGACUGUGCUAUUCUAAAUGGUUCACUGAAUGAGCAGGACCUUUCGAUUGAAAGUGGGUCAUCUAGCAUUUCAAGUGCUUACUCUCAAGGGUUAUUGAAUACUCUGAGCCAAGCACUGCAAUCAUCGGGUGUGGACCCGUCACAAGCCAACAUCUCAGUGCAAAUUGAUGUUGGAAAACGGAUAAUCAGUGGACAAACUGCCAUGGCGUCCUGUUCAAAGGAUCAUGAGAAGCAAUAUCGAGACAAUCUAGUGAUGGCACAAACUGGAAUGCAGAGCUUUGACGAGGAUUCUGAUCAGGUCCACAAGAGGCUUAGAACAGAAUAAAAGAAGUCUGUUGAUCUGGUCAAACUGUGUUGCUUGCAUCAUCAUCUUGUUCUAUCUUCAGGAGUUUGGUUAAUUUUUUCCAUGGCCAUGGUUCGAUAACUCAGCGCAGACCAAUUGUACAUGCUUUCUCUUUGGUUUGCUGGAUUUCAUUGAUUCUCCUGGAUAAAAUCAUAUUAUAUGUAAUUCAUUUAUUAUACUUGUUCUGUCAGAUAGAGGCUUCCAUA